AUGGAACAAGUCGCACAGUCGAGGCCCUCUCGACAGGCAGUCGCGAGCGAUAUAGAUGCCGCGGCCUAUGCGAACAAUCAUGUCGAUACCAGCUCGUCAGUGCCUGUGAAGCAGAAUGGCCGCCUGGGUUCUAAGGAGUUGAACAAACGGAGUCUGGAUUAUGUAUUAAGGAGCGGGCUUGCGGGGGGUCUGGCGGGAUGCGCGGCCAAGACGGUUGUCGCGCCGCUCGACCGCGUGAAGAUCCUUUUCCAAGCGUCUAAUCCGCAAUUCGCCAAGUAUACAGGUAGCUGGUUUGGCCUUGUAUCAGCGGUUCGGGAUAUCCAUCGACACGAGGGUGCGCGCGGUCUUUUCAAAGGUCAUUCCGCAACGCUUCUUCGAAUUUUCCCCUACGCUGCCAUCAAAUUUCUCGCAUAUGAGCAGAUUCGUGCCGUGAUCAUUCCCUCGCGGGACAAGGAGACGCCAUUCCGCAGACUCAUGUCUGGGAGUCUGGCGGGUGUCACGUCAGUGUUCUUCACAUAUCCGUUAGAAUUGAUUCGGGUGCGGCUAGCGUUUGAGACGAAGAAGUCCGCGCGGUCGUCGUUGGCAGGCACGUUCCGACAGAUCUAUAACGAGCGGGGUUCGCUGCCGUCUGCAUCCAGUGAGUUGGCCGCAGCCAAAGGGACAGCAGGCUCUGUUGCGGCUGCAGCAGAGAAUGUCUCUUCUGCGGAGAACAAGGUCGUUCCUCGAUAUGGGUUAGCCAACUUCUAUCGCGGGUUCACACCCACCCUGCUCGGCAUGCUUCCCUACGCGGGCGUCUCUUUCCUCACACACGACACCGUCGGCGACUGGCUUCGCUCUCCUCUCCUCGCUCGCUACACCAUCAUCCCAGCAUCUGAUCAGUCCUCCCACAGCCAGUCGCAGAAGGGCUCACGACGGCCACAGCUCACCGCUGCGGCGGAAUUAUUCUCCGGCGCUAUCGCCGGUCUUGUGUCGCAGACAUGCUCCUAUCCUCUUGAAGUCGUUCGACGCCGAAUGCAAGUUGGGGGAGCCGUUGGGGACGGACGCCGAUUGGGUAUUGCGGAGACAGCAGGCAAGAUAUGGCUCGAGAAGGGUUUACGAGGGUUCUUUGUUGGCUUGACAAUCGGCUAUAUCAAGGUGCUGCCGAUGUCAGCCACAGCCUUUUUCACAUAUGAACGAUUAAAGUGGUCAUUGGGGAUUUAA